AUGAAUUCCGGAAUAGAGGAAACAAUGCAAUUCACGGUUAUCAUUCUUUUCUUAGCUGUUAUUAGGCUUCGGGAGAGGGUGUUGGCCCAGAAAGCUGCGAAGGCCGAGGGGUCGUCGACGGGGCCCGAGGACAUGGGCAUCCACGUAGAGGACAACGGAGAGGAGAAGAUCUACGCCCUCACGCCCCAGGCCAAGGAAUGGGCGAAGAAGAAGAUUAAUGAAAUGAAAGAGUUAGUGGAGAUCCAAAAGGAAGAAAAGGGCAAGCCAACGAAGAAUGAAAAUGAGGAAAACAAAGGCGAAGCAGAGGACACGGCGCAAAUCAAGGAUAGAGAAGAGAGAGACGAAACUAUCCCCGAUGACGAAGGAUUUCUAAAACUUCUCGAGAAUCUGAAAGAAGAUCCAGGCAACCUGAAUGGCGAAUUGUCUAUUGAUCCCGAGGAAUUCAGCGCCGUCGAUUCCACUGAACCUGAAAUUCAAGAAUCAGUCGAACACAAAGACAGCGAUAAAUCUCCGCGUCCUGACGACACAGCGCUACGUGAAGACAAGCCAAGCGAACCUGAAGACGGCGAAGGAAACGAAGACGCGACUCAAGCUAAAGCCUCGGGAAAAUGCCUCGAGGGCGAAAAAAUAACAAAUGUCGAAAUAUCUACAACUUAUGAACAGCAGCCAACGGAAAUGGAUGUAAAUCAGGAACUUGAUUCUGAAGUGAAAGCGACAGGGCUGGAAAUUGUGCAAGAUCGAUCCUUGCAAAUAAGCUGUUCUGACCUUGCAUUGGCGGAUGACGAGUGUUCCCAGUGUUCGUCCACCUGUCGCCACCAGGAUGAGGAUGACCGACUCUUGUACGCGAGUUGCCAUAACUUCCUCAGACUCCACGACACCACCACGAUGGAAGAACAAACAGAAGGUGAGUCUCGCCCCAUGACCACCGAAGAACUGCUAGGAGACAUCUGGCUCGUCACCGAGACUGUAGCCCAACGCAGCCCAUCUCCUUCUCCGUUAGACGACGAUCAAGAAUCAGACUCUGAUGGCCAGGGAUAUCUCCGUCAGCUCGUCUACGAUCAGAAUCAGCCACACGAGACGGAAUCUGAUAUAGAAGAACUGCUGGAAAACAUGGACUUCGAGCCAGACUUCCAGACGUACCGAGAAGACCAACUAGCAGAGCGAGCUCCCUCUCCUUUCGUCCAUGAACGAUAUCCUUGA